AUGUUACUUUUAUUCUUUUUCUUAGCGAGUUCAAAACUUAAAAACUACAAUAUUCCUUCUACAUUCAGAUUUGGACAGAAUAUGCUUGAUGGAACAAGGAAAACAUUUUGGUGGAAGGCUGGUCCUUACACAGGCACUAAUGAAUGGCCUUUUAAUCCAGGAUAUUAUCACAACUAUCAAUGGCUUGACAACUACAAAUUAGGUUUUCUUGCAAACGGGUUUACAUUUUUCGUUAUUGCCGCUGUUGUUUUCUUAGUUUGCUGCAUCUUCGGGUUUAUCUCAUAUUUUUGCUUUAAUGACAAACGCGAUGGCAAGAGCAAAUUAAUCUGUAUUUUUGCUCUUAUUUUCAUGUUUACUACAACUAUUUUAGUUAUAGCCUGCUUAAUUUUAGUCAUUGUUAAUAAUGCAGACAAAGUAUCGAUGGAUCAAUCAGUUACGAACUCUCCGAUGGACAAAAUCUUUUCGCAGCUUCGUACAAUUAGUUUGUUAUUUUCUAGUGCCGUUAAAGAUAUUGGAAACCAAAAUAAUACAAGACAAAUCUAUCGAUGGAUGAACAAUUACAUUACAGAUCUUACUACUGCAGAUGACGAGGCAAAAACCUUUCUUAACGCAGGAAAUUAUGUUUUUGAUAAAGCAGAUAAAGCAAAAGAAGAUUAUUUAAAUCAGCUAAAAUCAUUGGCAGCAGCAUGUAAUAACUACAUUAACGACUAUAAUGCCAAUAAUGGACUUAGCAAGAAAGGCUCAGAUCUUGUUAAAGAUAUUUAUGGAUACGAAAGAAUAGAACCAAAGACAAUUAAGAAUGUAUUUGAUGAUAGAAAUGGCAAAGAUCAAGAAUUCUUGGUGAACGUUUGCAAUAACAAAGAAAAACUGACUCUCCUCCAAGAAUCCUUCUUUGACUACAUCAAAAUGCAUCAAAAUCUCAGACCAUACGUUAAGAGUCUUACAGAUUCAAUCUUAGUUCUUAACAAACGUGGAGUUCCUGCAAUGGAAGCAUGGAUUACUGAUGAGUUUAAUCCAUUCGUUGAAACUUUUCAAGUAACAGAUUCAACAGCUGGUGAUUCAUUCGGAAAUCAUUUAAAAUCAUAUAAUAGCAAUAACCAAACGUAUGUAAUUGUGUCAAUUGUAGGUGCUGUCCUUGCAAUUGGUGGUCUUGUCAUGAUCAUUGUUUUCGUUCUUGCUCCAAAGAUGAAUAUUGCUAUUGCAGCAUUUAUUUGUGGCAUUGGAUUCAUGAUUUUAUGUUUCGGCAUUGGUGCAUCAUUCGGAACAACAAACUUCUAUAUAUCAUCCGAUGAUCACCUCAAUAAUUCAUUUUCAGACAAAAACGCAUCAGACAAAAACCAAUUUGCAUAUUAUAAUAUCUUUGUUUGUCCAUAUGAUUCUAUCAUUGAAUCCUUCAAUUACCUUGAAACUCAAACAGAAGGAUCUUUCUCAGGUUUCAUUUCUAGUUACAUACAUUAUUCUAAUUAUACAGAUCAAAUCGGACAAUUGAUAACCAAAAUGGGUGACAAUGGUUUAAUUAAAAAUAACCAAACCAAAAUACCAUUCUAUACUGGAGAUACCCAAGACAAGAGAUAUAAUAGUUCAAAUAUACCAAGAUCUCCAGCCCAGGCUAAACUUAUUUCUGCUCUUAAUUCAGCAUUUAUUAAGCAAAGAGUUUUCGAUUUCAAAGAAAUUCUGGAGAGAAUUUUCACAUUUACAGAUUCUCCUUUUCAUGAUAAAAAAGACAGUUGGAAAGUUGUUCGGGAUAGUUGUCAAGAUUUUAAUGAAAAAGAUGUUAAUGCUGUUAAAGAAAAAAUUAAUCAAUGCAAAGCAUCAGAAACUGAUAAUAAUAAAAAGAAGAGCUAUAUUGAAAUUGAGGAAAAUAAAUUCUUCAAGAAAAUUAAUUCACAGGAAGAUUACGAGGCUAUUUAUCAGUAUGCAAAAGAUAUCGAUGCAGUUUAUAAAGCUGAUGAGGGACUCGCAAGUGUAAUUAGAGAGUUCUUUGGUAUGCAUAUGAACAAAAUACACGCAACAAUAAGCAGUCUCCAUGAACUUAAUAAAAUUUAUAUUCAGCCUAACCUCAAAAAUGGUACUGCAUGGUACAAUUUCGACAGGGCUGCUAAUCAAAUCACAUCCCAAUCUUGCGCAAAACUUGCAGAAGAGUAUUCAAUAAUUAGAGAGGGUAUUUACGAUAAAUCAGCUAAAUAUAUGGGAUUGGCAGCAAUGCUCGGUUUGUUCGCAUUAAUUACAUAUGUUAUUUCAAUGCUAUUUGCUGUUUUCUUCAAACUUUCAUGGGGUAACAGAAUGUCUAAAGAUAAAUCACCCACUGCUUACUCAUACUCCAGCAAAUCUUCGGUUGAAAAUAAUAAGAAGAAGAAACAAGAAGAAAAGAAGUCGGAAUCCGAUUCGUCUUCAUUCUCAGAAGAAGCACCAAGACUUUCACAGCGCAGCAUGGCUUCACAAAGAGGUUUGGCUUCUUCAAGACCAUCUACACAACGAGGUUUUGGAUCACAGAGAGGCCUUGCAACUAAUAGAGGCUUUGUAGGUGCUCCUCCAUCAAGAGGUCGUGCUUCUAAUCGUGACUACUCAUCAAGCACGGACAGCUCUUAUACUUAA